GUCAAACAAAACUUCACAGUUGGCGCAGCUUUACUAUCUUACAGGCCAUAGUAGACAUCGAUCACAAAUUGCAUUGUCUUUUUUUUGUGUAAGUGUAGAACUUUUAAAACGUAUUUGGUCAUUCAUCUGCUUUCUACGAUGUCUUCUAACGGUACCACCAGUAUAGGCCUAAACUGUCCUAUUCCCAGUCGCUUUGAGCAGUCAAAAGACUGGUCUCAGCUGGCCGACUCCUACAGUCAGACGCCCGGAGGCACCCUGUUCUCCACGACACCUGGAGGAACCAGGAUCAUCUAUGACAGAAAGUUCCUGCUGGAAUGUCGGAAUUCACCGAUCACACGUACCCCUCCGUGCUGUCUCCCCCAUAUCCCAGGGGUCACGGCGCCGGCCCUGCACCCUCUGGGCAAGCUGAAGGAAAUGGACGAGAACAAAGACAUCUCAGCUGACGAUGCCCAGUUUGUGAUUGACAUCUGAACCUACUCAUCCAGACCAAUUCUGUUGGAGAAAUUGUAUUCUGUUCAGACCACUGGGUGGUCGCUCUACUGGUCACACUCUCACUUUAGAUUCCCUCCUGUCUAAUCCUGGUGGAUGAUUAAUGAACCGUCAAACGCUCAGAGAGUUGAUCUCUGAGGCUGGAGGAAGAAUUUUGAGUGAAUUUGGGAAGGGUGGCUGCAGUCAGUCUGUUAACUGCUUUUCAUCUUGAUUUACUUUUUCUUUUUGUACACUUGG